AUGUCGUCAUAUACUUGUAACUCAUGUGCGCUUGCAUUUCAGUCGAGCGAGGAUCAGAGAAUGCACAUGAAGUCGGACUGGCACCGAUACAACCUGAAGAGAAGAGUUGCCCAACUUACCCCCAUUGACGAAAACACAUUCAAAGAGAAGGUGGCGGCCUUGGCCACGGAGGAGCAGCAGCCGCCCUCCAGUAAGGAACUGCGCAGGCGCCAGCGCGAAGCAUUGCUCGAGAAGAAGAAGAAGCUCCUGGAGAUGGCGCGGCAGAGCAUGCUACAGAACAUGGGGGACGAGCUCAAGGUGAACAUAGAAUCGCUUGUUGCGGACAAGCUGGGCGUGGCCGCCGCGCCUGCAGACCAGGAGGCCGCGCCUGCAGAGGUACCGGCGCUGUCCGCGGAAGAACAGCACGAGCAGCUGAUGGCGGAGAAGAUCAAGAACAAGGUCGAGAUACCGCCGGAGGCGUGCUUGUUUUGCCCCAAGCGCACGCACGCCUCGUUUGAGGAGAACCUAGAGCAUAUGCAGAAGAAGCACGGCUUCUACAUCCCCGAGCAGAAGUAUCUUGUCGACAAGCCUGGCCUAGUGAAGUACCUGUCCGAGAAGAUAGGCCUGGGUAACUUGUGCCUCUGCUGCUCUUUCCAGGGUAGAUCCCUCGAGGCGGUGAGGGCACACAUGCUGGCGAAGUCACACUGCCGUAUUCCAUACGAGAGCGAGGACGAAAAACUGGAGAUCUCCGAAUUCUACGACUUCUCCAGCACGUACGCGGAGCUGGACGCCGCCGCGAACGCAGACGAGGGCGAAUGGGAGGACGUGGAGUCCGACGCUGACUCCGAGUCUGGCGACGAAGAGCUUCCGCAAGAGCUCAUCUACCACGACGGCGUUGAGCUGCACUUGCCCACGGGCGUCAAGGUUGGCCACAGAACACUGCAGAGAUACUACAGACAGAACUUGAAGCCCGAGCGCGAGCUGACCGAGGGCCAGGGCACCGUCAUCGCCGCCGAGACCAGGCACUUCGCCACGAUUCUUGACGCAAAACAGGUGGCCACCCAGAAGAAGGUCUGGCAAACCGAAGUCAAGGACAAGAAGAGAGAUUCUAAGCGGGCUGCGAAGUUCAUCAACAACCAGCCCUACUACAGGGACCAAUUGUUGCAGUGA